AUGGAUAUUAAAGAAGCGCUUUUCAUGAUGCUGCAAGCAACAUUCGUUUUUGUUACUGAAGGAAACCUAGUGGCCCGUUCGUCGUAUUUUCAGACAAGGGAGAAUAAGCAGCUUCUAGGGUAUGCUUUCAAACGGUUCAACUCUGCCAGUGUGUUAUCGUGCAGUCAAGAGUGUUUGAGAUCUCCAUCGUGUUCGUCCACAAACUUCAAGUUUUUCUCCAAGAAGGAAGAAGAAGGAACCUGUGAGUUGAACAAACACGACGUCACUGCUGUACACGAGAGCAACAACUUUGACUAUCAGGAAGGAGCGAUAUUUUCUAUUUUCCUAAAGGUAAACAGUAGAAAAUUAUACAAGUUAUUACAUAUCACGCAAGAGCAACUAAGAAACACCGAAGUGAACAUUUCCCGGCAGAUUCGACACAGUGGAGGAAAGGGUUGCGUUAUAUCGCAUUGUCCCAAAUUUCAAAGGAAUCCAAGAAUUUAUAUCGAAUUGUGACGAAUAUGGUUAGAAAUAUCCGAGAUAGAACAAUUUGGCUUGUCUUCGAUAAUGCCAGCAGCGGCAGCAUAUAAAAAGAUUAAAAUCUUUUGAAUUAAUUUUUAUGUUUAAAUCCAUUUUUUUAUCGCAAUGUCUAUCUGGUAGUGGCUUACAUCGCGGCCGUCAAUAUUUCAUACAAACAGACAAAAUUCUCAUUUCGCUUAUUUCUUUUUAUGACCGCAGUAUAUGCGAUACGUAUCCCAACGUUUUUCAUUUUUUAGGGAUGUUUGCUCGCCAGCUGCCUUAAUGGAGGAUCGUGUUUGCCUGACAAAGAAAAACGAACUUUUUCCUGCUCGUGCAAACUGCCUUGGACCGGGGACAGAUGCGAAAGUGGUAGGUGAUUCACAGCAUUUUGACUUCCACGAAAGAAUCGGAACAGUAACCUGAAAAUAAGAGCUCACUUAUAAAAUAAAUUGCAAAAUUAGUUCUGAUGAAUAAUAAGUAGAUGACGGACCUCAGCUAAUUCAAACACCCAAAUUUUUUUUUUUUUUUAGUUAAAACUAAUUCCUACUCCCUCCCUCAACACACACGCACACACAAAUAGUUAACCACCAGCCGUUUUUCUCACCGACCGUUUCAAAUUGCUCACUACGGGACGUAAUAAAAAGUAUUAAAACCGUAAAUACAAAGAGAAAAAGAUGAGUAGUUUUUUUAAGGGAUUUAAAUCUCACGGUACAUAAGAUUCGAAGGACCAUUGUUAAUAAAUAAAUUAAAAAAGUGCUCAUAUCCAAAUAUUUCCUUCAACCAAUGUAGGCCUUCUAAAGAAAGCAUUGGUUUCUUUUCUUUGUACAUAUAAGUAAAUUGAAAACAAAGUAUUAUCAUAAUACUGAUUAUGAACAAUUAAAAAUUGUCCAAAACUCACAUAACUCACUUUCAACGGAUCGAUAAGGCGACAAAAUCCAAGGCCUCAUUUCUUUAAUAACGUCAGAUUUUUGUUUUGGGAAUUAUGUUUUUCAUGUUUGAUACCAUGAAGGCUUAUAAUUUUAGCUUCGUGCGCUCGAACGUGUCUCAGUCGAUACAUAGCAACAAGGAAGCAAAAGUCGUCAAUCAAGUAUCUCAGCUGAAGAAAUGUCUUUGGUGGAAGUAGCCGAUUUGGUUUAGUGAGGGUUGAAAAUAUUAGCAGUGUGAUAGAAUGAUUCUGAACAGUGAAACACUAAUUUAUUUAUAUUCCUUAUUGGCUCAGCACGCAAGCUGUUAAAACAUUGAAUGGCCGGCUUUGUAGCUUCUUCAGCCUGGAGUGAAUUGGCACCUGUCAAUAGAAAAUGGCCUUAGCGGCGUUUUUCUAAUUGGCUUUGUUGGCAGUCGCCUUACCCUCCCAACCCUCAGUGCAAUGUAAAGUUUUCUCUGUGCUUAGCAAUACAAUUUGAGGAUAGUUGGAGAAGUGGUAGGUAGAAAUUUGACUGGAAGGUUUUGAAAUAAACGGGAAUAAUCAUCAGCGAUCUGAGUGCUUUUGCCACGCUUUUGCCACGCUUUUGCCGCUGACUAACGAUAGUUAGACAUCGCAUAAUUUGUAAAGAUUUAGAAUUUGUGACACGGCAUGUUGUUUAACUGAGUUGUGAUAACAUUUACAAUCAGAUAACUUUUUCCUUUCAGAACUACUGACGUCAUGCAAGGAAAUACAUAACAAGAAAUUGUAAGUGACAAUUACUGGUGCAUCUAAAACAUUGUUUGGUAGCUGAUUCAGUAGCUGGGCGGAGUGCACUGUGACUAGGAACGGUUGUAUCUUCAGGAAAUUGAUUAAAACUCGAUUCAGGUUAAUCUCUGGUAUUUUUUCCUGUUUGGAUUUGUUUGUUGUUUGUUUGUUUUUUUAUCAGGUCCUCAUCAAACAAAGCCCACUUACUGAAGGUAGAAUCAGCAGAGGUUGCUGUCUACUGUCACAUGACUAACCUUGGUGCAUGCGGUGGAGGCGGAUGGACGUUGGUUAUGAAAAUGAAUGGCACACAGGUACGAAAAUGUUUCUUUAGGCGACUGAUCACUCAGUAAGCCUGUUUGUCAAUCUGUCUGUAGUCCCUCUUUCAGCUAACCAGCCAGUCGGUUUGUCAGUCGGUUAGGCUAUCCGCCUUUCUAUCUCUUGUAUGUCUGAUGGCCUGUCUUUCUGUGUUCUCUGUCACGGUCCUUCAGUAAGUCGAUCACUCAAAAGUUAUAUAGGCAGUAACUUGGUAUAAUUCAGCCGAUAAGAGAAGGUGUUGGAGAUUUUAAGUGUACAAAAUACUGGUUGAAAACAAGGACACCGAACAAACCAAGACUGUGUUUCGUUUGCUGUUCUUUGUUGUAAUGGUUUUCAAGCUUUUUCCAUUUUGGUUAUUUGUUUUUGAAUUACCCUUGCAGAGCACGUUUCGUUACAAUUCUGAUCUCUGGAGCAACAAUGAAACCUUCAAUCUAGAAGGAGGAAAGACUGGGUUUGACUUACAUGAGACUAAAUUACCAACCUACUGGGGUACACCCUUCACCAAGAUCUGUCUCGGUAUGAAGAUCGGACAUCAAAUCAACUUCACCGUUAUCAAUAAGAAAGCUAGCUCUCUGCACUCACUGAUCGCUGAUGGAAAGCACCGUAACACUUCACUAGGUCGUGACACGUGGAAGGAGCUGAUUGGUUCUCAAGCUUUCUUGCAACCCAAUUGCAACAAAGAAGGGUUUAACGUUGUGACCGAAAAUAUCGACACAAAGUGGCCAAAGGUGAGGAUUGGUAUCCUCAGCAACAACGAAGAUAACUGUUUCUCUUGUGAUUCUAGGAUCGGCUUUGGAGCAGAGUCGUCGAUGGACGUAAGAAAUAAUUCUUGUGGAAAUGAAGCUUCUAUAUCUUACGGAGAUACACACAUUAAGACGAUGGGAUACAUCUUAGUCCAAUAAGAAAACGAAAUGGUACCAAAAAUCCAAGAUUUAUCUCUGACGUUUUUAAGGUCAGGCGCCAGUUCCGAGAGGAAAUUUGUUCGGCAGGGCAUCGAAAACAUAGGAAAGGCAAUAAAGAAAUGUGACAGACAAAAUUUGUAGACAAAAAGAUUUUAUUAGCUAAACUAGAGUGGCGAGAUUUUAGAAGCCAUUGCCCUCAAACUCCGAGCCGUAAACUCUGGAACAUAUUUAUGCCCAAGUUAAAUAAUGAUUAGUUAGUUGGUUGGUCAGUCAAUUUAAUUUAAUUUAAAUUUUAAGACUGCACGCACAAAAUGAUAGAGCCAAAUUAUAAUUAAUGUACGAUGGAUUGAAUCGUACCGAUGAUAGGAACUGUCCACCUUUCCCAUUAUUGGGAAAGGUGGACAGCUUUCACUAAUUCAGUGGUUGGACCAACAAACCAACGCCAACAUCGGAGGAAGCCAUGCUCAGUAAUAAUGUUCUCAAAGGUUUUGGCAACAACACGGUUUUCUUUAUCGCAUGGAUGGUAACGAUGUUCAAAAUGAUGGUUGUAUAACACAAAAAGCUGUGGAAGACACAAUAAGCGACAAGUGCCGGACGAGAAUCUUUAACAUCCUUAGAGGUUCCAGAGAAAAACUCGUUAAGAAUGUCGCAAACGUUUUCCGCCAUGAGAGCUGAGCGUUAAAAUUACUGUGGCUUCGAAACGGAAAAUUUCAAGUCAUAUGUAUCUGUCAAUCACAGGCGUAUAACACAAUCGAAGCCAUCUGUAUGUAAAUUCAAGAUGUCUUCAACUCUGGCGUUUGAAUUUUUGAAAAAGGCAUCGAGUAUCGCUUUAUCUCGGCGUUGGUAAGAACUAAAGAAAAUUAUUUGUUUAAUGCUUCAAGACAUUUUAACUAACAUGGGAUAUAUAUCUGAAAAAUUUAUUUGAAAGAAAGCUGUCAUAAACAUAUAUUUCAUCUAUCAAAAUGAAUAUACGAAACAUAAUAGUCAGUUAAAUUAAAAAACGCUUGACAUUUGUUUUUUGUCAUUAAAUUUGCCUGAAUACA